CAAUACAGACAGCUCAGGACACGGGUGGGUUGUGCGCACAAUAGAGACAGUUCAGGACACGGGUGGUUUGUGCGCACAACAGGGACAGUUCAGGACACGGGUGGUAUGUACACACAACAGGGACAGUUCAGGACACGGGUGAUAUGUACACACAACAGGGACAGUUCAGCACACGGGUGGUCUGUGCACACAACAGGGACAGUUCAGCACAUGGGUGGUCUGUGCACACAACAGGGACAGUUCAGGACAUGGGUGGUCUGUGCACACAACAGGGACAGUUCAGGACACGGGUGAUCUGUGCACACAACAGGGACAGUUCAGGACACGGGUGGUGGGUGGCACUGGUGGGCACAGGUGGAUGGCACUGCUGGGCACAGGUUGGCACUUCUGGGCACAGGUGUGUGACA